UGUUCGCAGCGAUCAGCAACGUGCGGGCCUGCGUGCGCUAACGCUGCGCCCAUGCACGCGACGCACCGGCAGUGUUGAAGCACCGACAGGAAGGUCACAAGGACAGUCUGCGUACACGAGCGCGUGAAUGGGCUGCGGAGGAGAUAUUCAGGAUUGAAAGAGACCCACCGCAGCAGAGCAACUACCCGCUACAACCCAUCCAAUCCUGCACGCCAGAUCAGUUUCGGCCCUCGCGUCGUCACAGGAGCCGCCAGACUCGCCGAUGCGGAUCCCACGGCGCUGUGGGAUCCCAGAAGGAGGAUUGCUCGAUGGCCGCGGUGUUAUCGCUUGGACAGCUCAUGGGAGCUCGGGGGACAGAAGGAGGAAGGAAAGGCAAGAAGAGAAAGAGUGGAAGGAGACUGCGGACCGGCCCUCGUCGGCUAAUCAUGCCGAGUGGGAAAUUUUGCUUUCAUUAUGCGCGCGUCAUCCCAAACGGUCACCUGUUCCGACAGAUAUGCGCUUUGACUGUGACGCGCUCAUGGGCUCAGCUGUUGCGCACACCUCGACGUGCGUGUCUCGAUCCCUGAGGUGAUAAGAGGCCCAUAGCGCGAAGACUGGCAGACGGGUUUGCGCUAUGACAGAGCCGAUCGUGAAUUUGCAUAGCGCCCAACAGUAUUAGCCACAUGGCGAAGAUCACGGUGGUGGCAUGUCGAGGAGUCAUCCCUCGUCAUCCUGGGCGCUGAAAAUGGCAAAAAAGAAAUUACCGACCCUCACGUUGACCGGGUUCUGCGACGGGGAACACACGAGUUGUGCGGUCAAGGCGGGCAAGUCUUGGCUUUCAGUCAUGUUGGCGGCGAAUUUGGGUAGCAACUUGAGCCUGGGCCCGGGAUCUUUCGCCUAGGACAUUUUUUAUGAUAGCUGGGCUGGGUCCAUAGACGUCUCCUCAGUCGAUUUUCACGUGAAUCGAGAGAAUGGGACAGGCUGUCUCCUCGGCCAAAAGAUUUCACAAUUAGAUCGAUGGAGCCAUUAUUUUUCCCCGGGAUAUUUCCGGCCUCUCAAACUUCAGGCUUUGGAUCCCCUUCACUUUGUCACAGAACUAAGAUCGUGACAUCUCACACCGCUUGGUCCGUGACGUUCAGAUCAGACCCCGCUCCAUGCACAACAUUACAAAGAGUCAUGGCGCUUUUUUAAAAGGCUAUGAGCUGGAUAUUCAAUCUUAGGUGGAUGACUUUACUUGAGAGGAUUCUGGAGUUUCUUGAAUUCACAUAAACAUACUCAAAGAGGAAGGUUU